UCGAUAGGCUGUUUCGAUAUUCAGGGUUGUGUUGCGAGCAUUUUUGCAUGUUGAAAACGCCGAAAAUUAGUUCUUGGUUUUGUUUAUAAAAAUAGCUCCGAAAUGGCGGCAGGUCCAAUUGCUGAACGCAACCAAGAUGCCACCAUCUAUGCCGGCGGUCUGGACGACAAGGUGUCGGAAACGCUGCUCUGGGAGCUGUUUGUCCAGGCUGGACCAGUGGGUAAGUGCGAACACACAUGUAUAGUGCCUAGCAGCUUCCUGAUCGACAUGCUUGCAGUGAACGUACACAUGCCCAAGGAUCGGGUCACCCAAAUGCACCAGGGCUAUGGAUUCGUCGAGUUCCUCAGCGAGGAGGACGCCGACUAUGGAAUAAAGAUCAUGAACAUGAUCAAGCUUUACGGCAAGCCCAUUCGCGUGAAUAAGGCGUCGGCGCAUCAGAAGAACUUGGAUGUCGGCGCCAACAUCUUCAUUGGCAACCUGGACGUGGAGGUGGACGAGAAGCUGCUGUACGAUACGUUCUCCGCCUUCGGCGUUAUACUGCAGACGCCGAAGAUCAUGCGAGACCCGGAGACUGGCAAGUCUAAGAGCUUCGCGUUCAUCAACUUUGCCAGCUUCGAGGCCAGCGAUGCGGCCAUGGACGCCAUGAACGGCCAGUACCUGUGCAACCGUCCCAUUUCCGUGUCCUAUGCCUUCAAGAAGGAUCACAAGGGCGAGCGUCACGGCUCGGCUGCGGAGCGCCUGUUGGCCGCCCAGAAUCCAUCGACCCAUGCGGACCGGCCGCAUCAAUUGUUCGCCGAUGCACCGGUGCAGAACAUGAUGCCACAGAUGCAGGGCCAGAUGGCGGGCCAAAUGCCUGGCCAGAUCCCGGCCCAGAUGCCGGGCCAGAUGAUGCCGCCACCAAUGAUGGCGCCGCCGCCGCCGGUGGUGCCCGUUUCGAAUAACAACAUGGGCAUGCUAGCACCGCCGCCGCCCGUUCCCCAGCCUACUCCGUUCCCAGCUACGAUACCGCCGCCUCCGCUGCCGCCGAUGACCGGCGGACAGCCGCCGCUGCCGCCAGCAAUGGGCAUUCCGCCGCCGCCUCGCAUGAUGCAGGCAAAUGCGUGGGCACCGCCCGGCAUGCCUGCUCCUCCGCCCAGACCACCGCCCACCAACUGGCGUCCGCCGCCCGUUCCCUUCCCUCCCACGCCCUACGCACGGCCCUAUCAACCCGACGGCUACCAGUACUAAGUCUAGCGUGUAGUGUAUACCAAUUUGGACGAGACGAGAAAUAAACAUCAAUAGGAUUUAUCAAUGAAGCCUGCUCUGGGAUAUGUUAAGACUUCCACUCUUCUUUCUAAUAUGCAUUUAGCAACCGGGAAACCACUGGGAGAUAUUUAGAUCAUCAUUGUAUAUCCAUUUAGUAGUCGCAUUCACAAUCUUCUUUUUUUUUAAAUUGAACUAUAUUCAAUAAACAUAAAACGAUUUCAUUAAUAACAAACUUAAUUUUGUGCUUUAAGACUUCAAUUUGAAUGGAACGUAUGGAGAAAGCGAUGAUGAUGAGACGUUUUUUGUAAUUUCACUAAGCAUUUUAAAUUUAAUGGUCAAUCUUUUAAAUUGAUGUAUAGAAACUAGCUUGUAGUUAAAAAUAAACUCAGCAAAGAUUAUUUUCGAUUUACUGAAAUGAAACCAGAA